CCGCAGAACUGCGCAUGCGCGCACUCGGUGCCAACAGAGAUGGCGCUGCGCGGAGGAGCGCUGCGGCUCAACCUGCUAGCUAGCAGCCGUCACUUCCACAAGUUCAACUCACUCGUCGGUGUCAGGCGCUCGUCCGACAAGGUGUCGUCCGACCCCGCCACCGCCGGCGACCACCUCAUCUACACACAGGAGCACUUCGCGCUGAAGGAGUCCCUCAGGAAGAUCAUCGACCAGGAGAUCAACCCCCAUGUAGAUCAGUGGGAAGCAGAGGGAAAGUUUCCAGCCCACAAAAUCUUCAAAAUCUUAGGAAAUGCCGGCUUUCUGGGAGUCAACAAACCAGUCGAGUAUGGAGGCUUGGGACUGGACUACAGCUUCAGUGUCGCAGUGUCAGAGGAGCUGGGCAACAUCCGCUGCGGAGGCAUCCCCAUGGCCAUCGGUGUACAAACUGACAUGACUACUCCAGCAUUGGCCAGGUUUGGUUCAGCUGAGCUAAAGAAAGAGUUCCUGCUUCCCUCCAUCAUGGGGGACAAAGUCGCCUGCCUCGGAGUUAGUGAAGUCGGAGCUGGCUCUGAUGUCUCAAGUAUUAAGACUAAGGCAGUGAGGAAAGGGGACGAAUAUGUGAUCAACGGCGGAAAGAUGUGGACCACCAAUGGUACCCAGGCCGACUGGAUGUGCCUCCUCGCCAACACCAGUGACGGACCCCCACACAGAAACAAGUCUCUCAUCUGUUUGCCCAUGAACCUGCCAGGAGUACACAUUGCCCGCAAGAUUGAUAAACUGGGUAUGUGGUCAUCGGACACAGCCGAGGUGUUUUUCGAUGACGUCCAUGUGCCCUGCAAGAACAUCAUCGGCGAGGAAGGCAUGGGCUUCACCUACCAGAUGCUUCAGUUCCAGGAAGAGAGGCUCUGGGCAGUGGCCAAUAUCCUGACAACGAUGGACGUCGUCAUCCAGGAGACCAUCGCGUACACAAAGCAGAGGAAGAUCUUCAAGCAGCCCGUCCUCCACCACCAGUCGGUUCACUUCAGGUUGGCUGAGCUGCAGACGGAGGUGGAGCUCCUCCGUUCCCUCCUCCACUGUGCCACAGCAUUGUACAUUAAAGGUAAUGAUGUCACCAAGCUGGCCUCCAUGGCCAAACUGAAGGGGGGCCGUCUGGCCAGAGAAGUGAGUGACAGCUGUCUCCAGUUCUGGGGAGGGAUGGGUUUCACCAGUGAGGUUCUGGUCAGCAGAUUUUACAGGGAUUCCCGGUUAAUGUCGAUUGGUGGAGGGGCUGAUGAGGUCAUGUUGGGAAUUAUCUGCAAGUACAUGGACACGCUCCCGAAGAAGUGAUGUAAUAAACAGCUGAACCCAGGGACUGAUGUCCCAACUCUGCUGAUUAUGAGCUAAUCGUUCACAAUGAAUUACAGAUCACCCAAGUGCAGUUCUGAUAUACUUUCAACUCUUUUUGUCUUUGUUUUAACAAAACUGGUGGUCGGCUCCUUUAGAGACUAAUGUAUUAUGUAUAAAAUGGGUGUGUGAAAUUAAUAUCCAGUGAUUCUGACGUAAAUAAGUAAAAUACCAGUUCAGUUUU